CCAAAUCUUGACAUUGGCUCCCUUGUGAUGCUUCCUCCUUUCAGUAUUCAGAUGUCCCCCUGGGGAAUUUAACAGAGGCUAGACAUCCGCAGGUUGCCGGCCUUCCAACUCACUGCCAGACCCAGCAUUCCAUUAUGACAUCACCACAAGGGAACAGGCUGGUGGGUGACAUCACAUGGGGACUGGCAAUGUGGGAGGAGUUGUGAGUGAUGUCACUUCUAGGCAAACAGAUUGCUUAUGUCCCGUACAAUGAGGAAUGAUGGGAUUGCUUCUUGUAGCUUCUGGUCUGAACAUGAAGACAGAGGGCCUCUUUAGAACGAGGCUGAAAUGCUACAGUGCCUUCUCCUCUUGCUAGCAUCCUUCACGAGAAUCUCCCUUACAGAGCUACAGGCCUUGCCCCCUGUGCAUUGUGGCCUGUGGCCUGAAUUCAAAGCCAUCUCAGGAUCAGGAGCAACGACUGCCUCCGAGACACUGCCCUGGCAGGCCAGCAUCCAAUCAAACGAGCUGCAUUUCUGUGGAGGUGUGAUUCUGAGCAGUUGGUGGGUCCUGUCUGCAGCUCACUGCUACACGGAGGAACUUCCUUCAGAUCUCCAUGUGGUGGUUGCUUUGAAUGGGCAUGAAUUGGAGAGAAUGAAGUUGGACAGGGUACUCAUCCACGAGGAGUUUGACUGUACAAACCUGAACAACGACGUUGCUUUGCUCCUGCUGGCCUCCCCAGUAGAGUUCGGUGAAGAGAGGAGUCCCAUUUGCCUGCCCUUGCUGCAGGACCUUGGAGCGUGGCAAGACUGCUGGGCUGCAACUUGGAGACCCACCACACCUGGCGACGAGAACACACCGACCAGAGUUUUAAAGAAAACGGAAAUGUCUCUGGUCGGCGGGGAGACCUGUUCCAAGAGCGUACAGGGGCUGACGGAGGGCAUGCUGUGCGCCGUCUCUGACGAAGGAGGGAAGGAGACCUGCAAGGAUGACAGCGGGGCUCCUUUGGUUUGCACUUCCGGAGAAGACAGGAGAUGGUUUGUGGUUGGACUAGGCAGUCAGGGUGAGGCCUGCGAAGGAAAGGGCAGCCCCGCCGUCUACACUGUGGUUUUCAGCUACCUCAACUGGAUAGAAGAGGUUACGGCCGAGGAAGGGAAACCAUUUAUCCCCGAAGGAGUGGACGUGGUCGUAGCCGAUUCUGAAAUCCCUCCUCCCGGUUUUGCUGAGUUCGAAGAGGUGACGGCUGAGGAAGAAAAACCAUUAAUCCCCGAAGAGGUGAAUGUUGUCAUAACUCAUCCCGAAAUCUCCAUUCCCGGUUUGGCCGACUCUCCCUUCCUUUCCGCCCCCUGUGCCGUUGCUUCUGUUCUGAUGUCGAUGCUUUUCCGUUUAUUGUAAUAAAAUCCGCUUUGCAAAUGCUC